AUGGCAUUUUAUAGGUACUUGGAGCCUAAAGUGCAGAACCUGCAAUAUUGGAAAGGAGAAAAGGGAUUUAAAGAAGGCACUGCAUACCAGGAGGGAAAGGAUACAAAAAAACCUGGGCCUGCUAGGAAACUUGAUCCACUGGAUGAAUUCUCUCUGGUCCUUGUUAGUCUAAGGGUUGACCUAUUUAUUUAUGAUAUAGCAGACCGAUUUGGAAUCAGUGCUGGUUUGGCAUCAAAAAUCUGCAACACAUGGAUUAAUUUCUUAUAUUAUGAACUCAAACUUAUUUUCCCUUUUCCAAACCAAGCUCUCAUCAGAAAAAACAUGGCCAAAGAAUUUAUUAAAUACUCUACGAGCAGAAUUAUCUUAGAUUGCACUGAAAUAUUCAGUGAAAAGCCUUCUUCCAUGCUAGCACAGUCCCAGACGUGGUCUCAAUAUAAGCACCACAACACAUGGAAGAUACUGGUUUGCAUUUCACCAAAUGGUCAGGUGACAUUCAAAUCAGAUGCAUGGAGUGGAAAAGUUAGUGACAAACAGAUAACUCAAGACAGUAGAGUUUUAGAACUUCUUGAACCAGGCGACAAUGUGAUGGUCGACAAAGGAUUCGAAAUUGAAGAUAUCGUCCCACCUGGUGUACGAGUGAAUAUGCCUCCAUCCUUGCAGUCCAGACGUCCGUUUUUUGCAGCAGAUACUGAAAAAACAAUGAACAUUGCUUCUGUCACAAUCCAUGUUGAGAGGGCUAUACAACGGAUAAAAACCUUUCAUAUUUUGGAUGGAAAUUUCCCCCUUUCACUAGCUCCAUACAUAUCACAGGUAUUCACAGUAUGUGCUUUAUUGACUAAUUUUUGGUCUCCACUUCUGCCUCCAGGUGAUGAGGAUAAUCAUUUAAAGCUUGCUAAGUGA